GGCUUUAAUGCUUCAUAAUCUUCAUUCCUGAUUGUGGCAAUGCAAGAACCAAGUCCAGCAACAAGUGAUGUAUCUGAAAUUAUCAAUUCUUUGAAGAUAAAGGUUGCAUUGGAGCGUGACUUUUAUAUAAAGAAAAGGAUUCAAGAAAACACACAGAAGCUGGUUCAUAUUGCAAAGGUGCUCCAUGAAUCAUCAACAGAAAGGAGAAAUCUCCAGAUUCUUGCACCGGAUGGUAGUGUUGAUCAACUGUCAAAGAGACAGAAGGAUGCUAUCGAUAUGCAAAAUGGAAUCGAUGCCCCUAGUCACAUGGAAAAUGGCUGCAGUAGCCCUAAGGAAGAUGGUUAUGCCUCUGCGAUUCUUUUAGGUUCAAGCAUUGCUGUCAAGAAUGCUGUUCGCCCUAUUAAAAUUCCAGAAGCAAAAAGACUGCCUCCUUAUACUACAUGGAUUUUUUUGGAUAGAAACCAAAGGAUGACCGAAGAUCAGUCUGUGGUAGGUCGCAGAAGAAUUUAUUAUGAUGAGAAUGGUGGAGAAACUCUAAUUUGUAGUGACAGUGAUGAAGAAGUAAUUGAAGAGGAUGAAGAAAAAAGGGACUUUGCGGAGUCGGAAAACUAUAUUUUGCGAAUGGCUGUCAAAGAGGCUGGUUUAUCUGAUACGGUGGUGGAAUUGCUAGCUCAGUGCUUGUCUAGAAAGCCUUGUGAAGUAAAGGCAAGAUAUGAAGAUCUAAUGAAGGAAGACUUCUCUGCUAUGAAUGAUAAUACUCAAGGCACUGCAAAUUUGUAUCUUGACAAAGAUCUUGAUGCAGCAAUGGAUUCAUUUGACAACCUCUUUUGCCGGAGAUGCCUUGUCUUCGAUUGUAGAUUACAUGGAUGUUCGCAGGAUCUUAUAUAUUCAGCUGAAAAACCACCUUUGUCCUUGGGUGCUGAUGCAGACAAGGAACCUUGUGGCUCUAAUUGUUUUCGUGGGAUGCCAAAGCCAGAAUGUAACUCCAAAAUGACCUCUUCACAUCUAUGUGAAGAAAACAUUAUCCUAUCAUCUGAAGGUGGUACAGUUGAGUUACCCUUGAAUAAGAAUGUGGAGAAAAUAUCCAAAUCUUCACAUAGUGAAAGUGCUUCUACUGUCAAAAGAUCAUCUGAAAGUAGUGACUCUGAGAUUCGGCCUACAAGUGAUGCCACUUCUAGAAAUUGCUCUGCAUCACCCAGUAAAAGAAAAGAAAGUAAACACGGAAGCAAUAAAAGAAAUAGUAAGCGCAUUGCUGAGAAAGUUAUUGCUGCCAUAAGAAAGAGGCAAAAGAAAUCAGCAGCUUCUGAGCAUGACUCUGUUGUGAGUGGAAGUUUAGGUUCAAAAAGUUUGACCCAUCCUUCACCCAAAGACAAUGAAAACAUUUGUUCAUCUGCACAAGACGAGCAAUUUCAUAAUAGUAGAAAGCCUAGGAGGAAAGCAUCUCCACUUCUGGAAGCCAACAAAUCUUCACAUUGUGAGGCCACAGUUUCAACCCAAAAUGAAGCUGUAAGUGAUCGACUGGUCACGAAUGAUAUAGUUCAGAAGGCAGAUGAACUUGCAAAUGAAAAUAUUUUGAAGAAAGAAGUAAAUGGAGAUAAAUCUUGGAGACCAAUUGAGAAGUCUCUUUUUGAAAAGGGUCUGGAGAUUUUUGGUAGGAGCAGGUUAGUGCACUUAAAGUUAUAGUUACCAGUUUCUUUGCCCUCGUUCCAUUUAUGUGUUGGCUAGUGCAAGGAAGCUUGACUUAAGUCAUUGAUAAUCACCCAUCUCCUUUUGACGUAAGAAAUAUGUGGUUCAUGCUAUUUCUCUCUUCUGAAUAAAUUUCAACCAACUUU